CGAAACCAUGGUCUCUGCGAAUGGCAAGAAGCUAACUAUCAGUGAGAAGUGGCACCAAGACCUCUUAGAUAUUGGGGAGUUCUAUUAUCUCUAUCAACAACACACAAGGGAAAAUCUGGAGGAUACCAAUGUGAGGCGCCAUGCCAUGCAGCAGUAUGUCAGGUCCAUCCUUGAUGUCAGGGGUGAUGUCAUUUCAGAGUUCACCAUGGAGCUCCCCUUUCCAGUUGAUCCCUCUACUUUGAAUGUUACCUUCCCCAGCUUUGAGUCUGGUGCAUUGUUCUGCCAUGUUGACUUGGCUGAGAAAAGGAAGAAAAGGGUAGCUCAAUCCUUUGUCAUGAGGAAGAGGCAUGCCAAGGGCAAGAAGAAGGGUGAUAUUGAAUACAACAACCUGACUCCUCAUCACUAGACAAACUCA